CUCACGGCUCGGCGCUUGGUCUCGGCCUGCCUGUCGGUUUUCUUGCGUUUCUUGUAUUCCUCUUCCCCUUUAUUCCCUGCGCGGCUCUACAGGCACAAUGCCCCGUUAUUGCGCCGCGUUUAGCUGUAAGAACCGCCGAGGACGAAACAAUAAAGACCGGAAACUGAGUUUCUACCCGUUUCCUCUCCAUGACAAAGAGAGACUUGAAAAAUGGUUACGGAAUAUGAAACGUGAUACAUGGGUUCCUAGUAAAUACCAGUUCCUGUGCAGUGACCAUUUUACUCCUGACUCUCUUGACAUCAGAUGGGGCAUUCGAUAUUUAAAACAAACUGCUAUCCCAACUAUUUUUUCUUUGCCUGAGGACAGUCAGGAAAAAGACCAGGUAAAAAACAAGCCUCAUAAAAGAAAAACAGAGGAUGAGAGAGAAAUAUGCCUAAUGGUAAAGUCAGAAGAAUUACCUGCACAAAUGGAACCAAAGAGAAAUUUUGUAAGCACAGAAAAAUUUGAUGAAAGUACAAAUUUACUUUAUUCAUCUUCUUUGAGUGAACCACUACAAAAGGAUAAGCCAACAGUUUCCAGUAUGGAAAAUCCACAUAAUGGCACAUUAACUAUUGAUUCUGUAAUUCCACAACAUGUUGAAAAACCAAAACCUGUUUUAGAAACAGCAGUAGUCCAAGAUAUAGAAGUUAGUAGUUUUCAUACCUCUCUUGAGAACCUCUUAAAUACUACAGCUGCUCCUUUGAAUGUCUCAAAUCCAGAGCAUGUGCAUCUCUCUGUGGAACCCAGUAAUGUAGUUGAAACAUCUAUAGACCAUCUCUCUAAUCCAGAAAUCACAGAUAUUUCAAUGGCAACACAGGAAAAUGCUGUCUUACUGAGUACAAUUACUCAGACAAUUGAGGAGCUGAAUACAGAUGAAGAAUCGGUUAUUACAAUUCUAGUGCCUGCUGAAAGCUCUAAGCCAUCGACCAGUUCAUUCAUGCCAACAGAACAAGAGAGCAUAGAUGUGGAAGAUGUAGAUAUUGAAGAUUCCUUAUAUGAUGACACAGACUAUGGCAUUGAAGUACUACAAACUGAGCAUUCUUAUUGCAGGCAAGAUAUCAACAGAGAACUUCUUUGGCAAAAAGUUACUAAACUACAUUCAAAGAUAACCCUUCUUGAACUACAGGAGCAACAAACUCUAGGAAGACUCAAAUCUCUAGAAACUUUAAUAGGACAGUUAAAACAAGAAAACUUACUAUCUGAAGAAAAACUCAAGAUUGUAGAAAACUGUUUCACAACAUUUGAAGUCACUAUGAUAGAAUGAAAGAUUUUUAGAGACCAUACUUUUAAACAAGAUCAUUGCAAUCUCUUUGAUUAUCCUCGAGUUAUUUACAAGGUGACCUUUUUUCCAGUAUAAAUCUUAUAUUCUUAACGACAUCUAUGAAAAUACAUCAUAAAAUGCCUCUUAUUUUCAUAAAAUCCAGAAUUAUGACAUUGCCCUUUAAAGUGAUUAGCUAAGAAGCAUAAAGAGUAAAACUUGAAAACAUUUUCAAAUAUUUGUUUUUUAGCCCAAGGAAGCAUUUGUGAAAUUC